AUGACGUGGGCUUACUGCGGUGGUGGCGCCGGCGACGAUGGUGGUGGUCUCGGAAGGAAGAGCGGGUUGGGGAAUGGGGUGGAAGUGAGGUUGGGAGGCGGGGUAGGCGGAAUCGGGGAAGCGGGGACGGGAAUGGGAGUGUCGGUGGGAGGUGGGGGGACUGUGGAGGGGUUGCUGUGCAUGAAGGUGAUGACGGACGAGCAGAUGGAGGUGCUACGGAAGCAGAUUUCCGUCUACGCCACCAUCUGCGAGCAGCUUGUGGAGAUGCACAGGGCGAUUACGGCCCGGCAAGAUUCCAUCGCCGGUGGGUCUUCCUCUCCGUUUUUUUACUUUCUCGUCCGUAGUUUCGAUUCAUCGUCACUUUCUCUUAUUCUUUUCCCGCGCGUGCGAUCCCUUUUGUUUUCUCCGGUGUAUCGCUGACGAGACGACUCGUUUCGGUUUCCAUCGUCGGUUGUUUCUCUGUGGAGACCAGCGGAGCCCACCAACGACGGUUCUUUGCGCUGCGAGUUUUCUGAACUCUCUGUGUUAUUCAUCUGUUCGUUGGUGCUCGGUUUCCCAUUUCCAUGGGAUGUGCCGUUUUGAUAGAGAUUAACCUGUUGUGGCCCCCUUGCUGAAGGGGAGAUUCGAGGCAUAGAUUCAAUCGACAUGAUCUCUUUUCUUGUUGUAUUUCUACGAUGAUCUUCUUGAAACUGUGCUCAGACAUUGAAGACGAUGGUCUCAAGAGCACAAAAAAUCUGUGAAGUUCAUUUUUUUUUUUUUUUUUUGCUUCUUUUCUUUGAUCUUCCUCUUCAUCUAACUUUGAACCGGCCCAUAUAUUGCAAUUCCUGAAGACAUCUACUUUCAUGUCGAACGAAGAAACCAGUUUAGCGAUGCUCGAAUGAUGGGUACUAUUAAAAAAAUGAUUUUUUUUCGCCCCACAUUAAUGUGACAUAGUUGACCUUCCGCAAUCGCUUUCGAUAUCACCCUACUUGAAUCUCUGCCAGGCCCGGCCUAGAACCCAUCGCUAGUAGCCAGAAUAGUUUAGGAUAUUGGCACCUAAUUGGGCAAUUGAUGCCUGGCUAUGGGACUUUGUUCUGUCCCUGAGCUCAUAAAAAUGGUUGAAAGAAGAAAACAAACCUUCCCUCUGAGCUUCGAUCUUAGUGAAAAAAAACAAGUCUAAGUAUGGUGUAAUGGAUGAAGCAACGAGAGAUCAUCCGGGUUAGGCUUGAUUCCCCUCAGUUCUUGAGUGAGGGACGAAUGGGCUUCCUUUCUUACAGUUCUUGUGUUCUGUAUCGUCCCUGACGUGGUAGUUCGUCUUCCACGAUUCAGAAAUGAGGCUGGGAAGCGUAUACUGUGAUCCUCUGGGGGCAUCUGGAGGCCAUAAGAUAACUUCAAGGCAACGGUGGACGCCGACGCCCACGCAGCUACAGAUUCUCGAGGGGAUAUUUGAUAAAGGCAUCGGGACGCCGAGCAAGCAGAAGAUCAAAGAGAUAACCUCCGCGCUGGCAAGCCACGGCCAGAUCUCAGAGACCAACGUCUACAACUGGUUUCAGAACAGGAGGGCACGGUCGAAAAGGAAGCAGACGGUGGAAGGGUCGAAGAACGCAGAAUCGGAGGUCGAGACGGAGAUUGAUUCCACGAAAGAGAAGAAGGGCAAGGCCGACAGAUUCGGAGCUCUCAAGGGGAGCUCGCUGUUGAAUGGCCCUGCGAGUUCUCCCGGAAGCUUCGGUCGCACAUCCUUCUACGACUCCGUUGUGGGCAAUUCCAGUAUGAAUGCUAUGCCGCUCUUAUCAGGCGCGCAUAUUUCUUCUUCUCACGUCGUUGUUUCGGCUUCAUCAGGAGGCGAUCAAACGAUGGGACGUAUGGAGACGUCGGCGAGUUAUAGGCCUUUUGGGUGUGGAGGAAGCGGCUAUGACAUGGCUGGGUAA